AUGCUGCCGUUUUGCAAUGACUUCCCUGAUACCUUCAUCUACGACAGGCUCUUCAAAUUGAAGCUGAUUCUUCUAAAUCCCUUCACCGAAGCCCACAAGACCACCCAGUUCUGUGACAUUUGGGGGUACAACAAAGAUGAGUACAUCAAUCGAUACCAUCGUUGGUUGGGAGACAUUGACUUGCUCACGGAAGGUGUCGAAGAACCUGUGGAAGCCGAAACGUCCAGCGACUCCAGCAACGGCAGUGACUUGGUCAAUGCCGGUGGUGUCAAUCUUCGAAAACUGGAGCGUCUCAUUGACAAUGGAUCUUCUUCUCCAGGAUCUGGCCAAAUUAUCUUUGACUACGACUGUGGUGGCACAGAAGAUGGGAACGUCAAACCGGCAGCUGUUGAAUCCCCCAUUCUUGCUCUUGGAUCCCCUCGCCUUGAUGUCGCGAAGCUUGCCAAGCUAGAUGAAGAUAUUGACGAAAUUUUGUUACGCCCCAUUAGAUGGGGCAUUAUGACUCAGCUACCGGCCGACGAAGAUGCCAAGCAGGAUCCCGAUGCCAGUGAAGAACCCGACGCCAAGCCAGCUGCAAAGGAAGACUCUGAGGUGACCCAGGAAGAGACCGACAGCAGCAACACUCAAGAGUCCAACAGUGAAGAGUCCGAAGAGGAGGAGAGUCCCAAAAAGAAGCAAAAGACAUCAGAGGAUGAGGUGACCAUUGAUGGAGACGAAACCGAGGAUAAUGAAGCUAACAACGAUGAGACUGACGAAGCACCUUACGGCGUUGAAAUUCUUUGCACUGGGAGCUUCUCUUACUAG